CGCAAUGGCUGCUGGGAGCGAUGUGUCAAGACAUGGCGACGUGUUUAAUACAAAUUGUUUUUGAUAUUUUUAAUUAAAAUAAAAUAAAACAACACGUAUGCUUGUUAAAUUUUGUAAAUAGUUCUGUGCUAGUGUAAAAACUUGUGUAAAUUGUAUGGAAAACGAUAGUAAAAAGAAGUAAAAUGAGUUAUAAUCACACAGGAGCAAGGAGAGGAAAAGCGAAAAGGAUAUUAGAUCCUUCGUCAGGAUUAACAACACAAACUUCACAACCCUCGGCGAUGCCACAGAAUCCUUACAUGUAUAAUCAACAGGUGCCUCUUAAUAAUGGAAUGCCAAUGGAGUAUGGUUUCAAUAUACCAGAACAAAGUACACCUUAUGGAUUUACAACACCGCCUCCAAUGCAAAAUCCAAUGCAACAACAACAACAACCAAUGCAAACACCUUUACCGCCUUAUUCAUCUCGUGAUCCAAUGAAGGAUGCUUUUCCAACUCCUCAAUUUGCAACGCAAUUACUUGCCGAACCAAUGGUCGCAAAUAUUGCAGCGCAUUAUGGCAAUGCAUUAGUUGGAUCAGGAAAACAACAAAUUGAGAAAUAUGUUCCUGUCAGUGCAUUGAGAUAUUAUUUUGCUGUUGAUACCGAUUAUGUUCUCAUGAAAUUGACUCUACUUUUAUUUCCAUUUACGCAUAAAGACUGGUCAGUAAAAUACGAGCAGGAUGGACCAUUGCAGCCUCGUUACGAGAGAAAUGCGCCUGAUUUAUACAUUCCAAUAAUGGCGUUUUUAACAUAUGUUGUCCUCUCAGGAUUGGCAUUGGGAACACAAGAGAAAUUUACACCCGAACAAUUGGGGAUAAUAUCGAGUACAGCAUUGGCAUGGGGUGUUAUAGAAUUACUUGUUCAUACAAUAACACUCUAUGUUAUGAAUUUAGAUACAAGUUUACGAACAAUGGAUUUAUUAGCCUAUUGCGGUUAUAAAUAUGUUGGAAUAAAUGUAGCACUCGCAAUAUCAUUAAUAUUUCGUAAAUUCGGUUAUUAUUGUACUCUAAUUUAUUUUGGUAUUUGUUUAGCAUUUUUUCUCGUGAGAUCAUUAAAAUUGCGAGUUAUACCAGAAGGGCACACGUCCUAUACAGCCACAGGUAAUAAAAGGCGACUCUAUUUUAUUUUAUGUCUCGCUGGACUACAACCAUUUUUAAUGUGGUGGCUGUCUUAUCAUCUCAUUUCAUAAAUUUCCAAAAUUUGACUUCAAUUUUUUUUUCCAAAAAAUGAAAUGUUUCUAAAAAAAAAUUUGUUUUCUACAAAAAAUUUUCUAAAAAAAAAAAAUCAAAUCCUUUUUAGAAAAUAAAAAAGGUUCGAAUAUUUUAUUGUGCGCAUAUUUCUGAGGUAAUUCACCUUUGUGCAUUAUUAUUAUUUUUUUUUUUUUUUGUAAUAAAUAUUAUAUUGUAAAGUUACGAGUAUAUACUACCUUCUAUAACAAAGAUAAAUACUGAUCAAUCACUUUGUUGUGUAGUCAUGCUGCGUCUAUUUUUCGAAAUGUGUUUAAAAAAAAAUUUUUUUUUUUGUUUAUUGUUUCGUAAUCGUGGAGUAUGUGACUGUCUAAUCAAAAAAUUCAAAUCGUACACUAAACAAAUUUAUGUAAGUCUAUUAGUGAAAAGCAGAGGAUAAUAAAAGAGACGGUUUCUUAUAAUAAUGAAAAA